AUGGAUCGUAUUUUCAGACCUGUAUGGACGGACGAAGCCAAGACAGAGGACAGACUGGAGUUCAUUCCAACGGAGGAACGCUCCGUCGGCCAUCGCACCCACUCAAGGUUGGAGGAGAACACCAGAAGAGGUCACUUCAAGGCUCACCCAGCCCUGAGACGAGCGCUAGAUAAUGACGGACUGUUCGGCUUAAUGGACGACCUGGCGGAACGCAUAAACGGGAUCGCUAUCAACACGUCUGAGAACGGCACCUUCGAACUAGUCAGUCCCCACGCGUUUCGACAGAUGAUUUUCUCCAAGUCCUACCGCCCUCCAACACCAGCACCACAUCACCCACCUAUGGUUGCGCCGCCCCCACCACUCACUGCCACCGUCUGGACAUCCUUCUGGAACAACAAUGCGCGGAAUACCUGGUGGCGGCUCCUGAUCAACAAACUUCCCUCUGGCCUCCACCUUCACUCCAUUAUUCGUGAUAUGGUUGAGCACCUCUGCUGGGUCUGUGGAACGGAUCUGGAGACAAGCCGUCAUCUCCUUUUCAGCUUUCCUAAGAAGCUGGAAGUAUGGCAUGGCGCACUGUCGAGAUAUGUGGAGGAACGAACCUGGACUGCGGACUACAUCUGCAGCCUCUUUUUUCCUGACCCGGACCCAGUCAAACCACUUCAUGACAUCCCCAUCUUCAUCUUGAUCGGUACCAUCCUGGCUUCCGUCUGGAGGUACCAUCACGCCUUUGUCCGUAAGGAUUAA